UCGCACGCACUUUAAAAGUCGAGAUGUGCGCGCGCUGUUCCGCACCUGAGCUCUCGCACCUCCGCAGUCCGAGCAGGAACCGGGGAAGAACCCUGCAACGCUUCAUCUCCUCUCCGCAUGAAGAUCUGAGGAAGGAGAAGAACCUGCAGCUUACAACAUGGCAUCGGAAGUGAAGAGCGCGCGCUCUGCGCUUCUCCUCGGAUUGCUUGUGUUUUCUAAUCCCGCGUGCGCCUACCUCUACAACAACCGCUAUGUUGGUGAUCAGGUUCUAAGAAUAAUUCCCACCAGUCCCGGAGAGAUCCUUUAUCUCAAGCAGCUUUUUCGGAACAUAACGGUGGACCUCUGGCAGCCGAGCAGCUCUAACCUUAUCCUGGAAGGCAAGGCGGUAGAUGUCCAUGUGGGACGAGACAGGACAGGACGUCUCAAAAACCUUCUCAGCCAGGCACAAAUUCAGCAUGAGCUGCUUAUUUCUGAUGUACAGCGAGAAAUGGAGAAACAGACAGGGUAUCGGUCAAACAGAAAACGCAGAUCAGCAUUCCAGUACGAUUACGAAGUGUAUCACCCUCUGGAGGAGAUCCAAAAUUGGAUGUUUGAGAUGAACCGGACACACCCACACCUAGUGGACUUGUUUUCGAUUGGACGGUCCUACGAAGGACGGCCUCUUUAUGUGCUCCAGUUGGGAAAUCGAGUUCGGACCAGCAAGAAGGCCGUGUGGAUGGACUGCGGCGUUCAUGCACGGGAAUGGAUCGGCCCCGCCUUCUGUCAGUGGUUUGUGAAGGAAGCUUUGAACUCCUAUCAGCACGACUCCAGCCUGAGGCGCCUGUUAAAGCAGCUGAACUUCUACGUCAUGCCCGUCUUCAACGUUGAUGGAUAUCACUACAGCUGGAAAAGUGAUCGCUUCUGGAGAAAAACACGAUCCAAAAAAGCAAAGUACCACUGCCGUGGCGUCGACGCCAACCGUAACUUUAAAGUCAAGUGGUGUGAAGAAGGCGCCUCCACGCACCCUUGUGACGACACCUACUGUGGCCCGUUCCCCGAGUCCGAGCCAGAGGUGAAGGCUGUCUCGCAGUUCCUGCGCAAGCACAGAAAACACACAAGGGCUUAUAUAUCCAUCCACGCCUACGCUCAGAUGCUCCUCUACCCUUACUCUUACAAAUACGGCACCAUCCCCAAUUUCGACUGCGUGGAAACAGCGGCUCAGAGUGCAGUGAGUGCCCUUUACUCCGCAUAUGGAGUCAGGUACAGAUACGGCCCUGCCUCUACCACACUGUACGUGAGCUCAGGGAGCUCUAUAGACUGGGCCUAUAAGAACGGCAUCCCCUACGCUUUCGCCUUCGAGCUGCGCGACACGGGUCAUUACGGCUUCCUACUGCCAGAGUCCCUGAUUGGUCCCACCUGCACCGAGACCAUGAGGGCAGUAAGGACCAUCGCCUCGGGCCUGCUGAAGAAGAAAUGCUCAGGAUGAAGAAAUAGCACACUAUCUUUCUUUCUUUCGUUCUUUUGUUAAUAUGAUUAUGAAUUAUUUUUUUUCUUAAUUUCUUCUUUCUAUCUUUCAUAAGUUUUUUUCAUUCAUUCAUUCAGUCUCUUUUUUUUAUUUUUACAA